AAGGACUUCGUUCCAAUUGAGGGCCAUAUCGUCUUAUAAAAGGCACAGACAUCGAGCAAAAUGCAUUCUCAUCACAGCCAUAGUGGUGAAUACGUUGCCCAUGGCUCAGACACCUUGGAUGGUGUCACUGGUCGAGCCAUUGAGAUGGGGUUUGAUGUGUUUUGUAUGACUGAACAUAUGCCCCGCUUGAAGGAAGAGUUCAUCUAUCCGGAGGAGAAGGAGAAACACUACGACGUGGGACAGUUACAGGCGAUCUUUGAUGACUACUAUAACCACGCAAGACGGAUCCAGGCUGAUAGCUGGGCCAAGGGAUGCCACACCAAGUUCCUGGUUGGUUUAGAGGUUGAGGGCAUCGACAUCGACCACAUUGAGUAUACCUCGACAAUUAGACAGAAAUACGGCGUAGAUAUGGUUGUUGGCUCAGUGCACUUCGUCAGAGGCAUCCCAAUUGACUUUGACAAGGCGCAGUUCGCCAGAGUGCUUGAACUGUGUGGCUCAUUCCGUCAGCUGGCUUUGGAAUACUUCCAAUUGCAGUACAAAGUUAUAGAUAGACUGCACCCUGAAGUGAUUGGGCAUUUCGAUCUCAUUCGACUAUUCAUGGAUGGUGCUGAGAUCGAUGAGUCCACAGGUAAGAAACUGAGCGAUGUCAGUAUUGAAACCGACUGGCCAGACGUUUGGAACCAGAUAAAGAUAAACCUGCAAUUGGCAAAUUCAUACGGUGGAUUGAUCGAAUUGAACAGCUCAGCCAUUAGAAAAGGAUGGCAUACACCUUACCCCCAAUUUGAUGUGGCUAAAGCUGUGAAACUGUAUAACGACGGAAGGUUCUGCCUCUCAGACGACUCUCAUAGCAUCGCCCAGGUCGGAUUGAACUACCAUAAGGUUCUCGAUUACGUUGUCAAUGAGCUAAAGCUGGACAAGCUCUACUAUUUGGACGUGGAUCUCACCUCUGAUUCUAGGAAAGUUACAGUCAAGACUAUAGACAUGGAGGAUGUUAAGAAGAACAAGUUCUGGGAACAGUUCAAGGAUUGAUGCUCAUCUACACAAUUGCUGAAGCUAAUGCAAAUAUACAAUUAAAAUAUCAUA